AUGGUGUCCGAAAAGCCACGACCAGACGGCGAUCCACCGGCUCAACAACGGCAGCAGGGCGACAGCAGCGACGACGCCCACAGCCCGCUGCUGCUAGAUGAGACACUCGCACAGACAGCCGUCGAGUUCGUGAAGCAGUCCGAGAAAUUGUCACUGCAGAAUUCCGACAAUGAGCCCCCAGGCCAGUCACGCGACAUGGCCGUCGAAGCCCGCUUCGUCACGCCGCAAGAUCCCGUCAUCGUCACAGCCGAUGGCAACCGACUGCCGCCCGUGCCCCUGUCCGAGGCCCACAAGCUCAACAUCCUCAAAGACGAGCUGCAGGGCAAGGCACAGGUCCUGGAUGAAAAGGCUUCUGCGAACAAGGCCACGAAACCAGAAAAAGCAACCUCCUCCAACCAACCCCCCCAUGGGGCGCCGGAUCAGCCGGGUCCGGCCUCGUCGUCCGAGAAGCUGCUUGACAUUGGCCAGAAAGAGCGGCAGAAAAAGGCAAAGAGGGCCAAGCAGCGCUUCGCAUCUCCCAUGCAACGGUCGGCCGAAGGCACGCUGCAGCGCGCCAUGCCGCCAUCCCACACCAACCCGCUCUUCCCCCCACUGCCGCUGUACGGCCCGCCGUCUAUUUUGCGCAACCUGCAGAGCACCACCUUCCGUGUGACGUCGUUUUUUCUCAGCCUGUCAUUUCUGAGCGUCAUUGUUCUCGGCUCGCUGUUCACGAGCAUCCCGGGCGCCUUUCGACGCAUGGCCUGCCGCCUGACGCUGCGCGACCCGGACGCCAACCGACCGCUGUAUGCCGAGGAGAAGCGCCGCGCGAAGCUGCGCCGUGACGUGGACCGCAAUUGGCGGCGGCAGCAGCGCCGGCAGCGGCAGCGGCGCGACAGCAGCGAAGACGAAGACCCGGCAGGUGCUGGUGUCGGCGACGUCACAUACACGCCCGCGGCUGGCGGGCCCGAUCCUCUUGUGCCGGACGUGGCCCACUAUGCGCGCCGCGUGGGGCUCGACGUCGAGGCGUUCGAGGUGCAGACCGAAGACGGCUUCCUCAUCGACCUGUGGCACAUUGUCGACCCGAACGAGGACACGCCACGGCCAUCGGAGGCCCGCAAGCACCGGGGGCCGGGGCUGCUGUUCGACGAGACGACAAAGGAAGAGCGUGCCGCGACCGAGCAGGCGAUGCUGAACGAGCCGCGGACCAACAACAAGAAGCCCAAGUUCCCCGUGCUGCUCGUGCACGGCCUGCUGCAGAGCGCCGGCGCCUAUUGUGUCGGCGACGACGACUCGCUCGCCUUCUACCUCUGCAAAGCCGGGUACGACGUGUGGCUCGGCAACAACCGCUGCGGCUUCCAGCCGCGCCACACCGUGCUGCAUCCCUCUGACCCGCGCAUGUGGUGCUGGAACAUUCGCCAGAUGGGCGUCUUUGACCUCCCCGCGCUGGCGUCGCGUGUGCUGCGCGAGACGCGCUUUGCGCACCUGGGCCUGGUGUGCCACUCGCAGGGCACCACCGAGGCGCUCGUGGCCCUGGCCAAGGAGCAGCGGCCGGAUCUGGGCGAGGCCUUGACCGUCUUUUGUGCGCUGGCGCCGGCGGUGUAUGCGGGUCGCCUGAUUGGCAAGAUGUAUUUCAAGUUCAUGCGCGUCAUCUCGCCCGCCAUGUUCCGCAUCAUGUUUGGCAUCCACUCGUUUAUCCCGCUCAUGAUGCAAGUACACCCGCUGCUGCCCGGCAGGCUGUACGGCUGGCUGGGGUACCGGGUAUUUUCUUUCCUGUUUGAAUGGACCGACGCGCGGUGGGACCGCGGCCUGCGCGACCGCAUGUUCCAGUUUUCGCCAGUGUAUGUCAGCGCCGAGUCGAUGCGGUGGUGGCUGGGCCGCGAGGGGUUUGCGCGGCACAAGUGCAUCCUGGCGACCAAGGAAGAGUGGCGGCGUGAAGAGGCGGAGGCUGACGCUGCGGCCGAGGCAAAUGAGGCUGAUGAGGCCGACGAGUCCGACGAGGCGAGCCCGGCCGAAGACGAAAACGAAGAUGAUGCCUUGGGAAACCGCGUUCCUGGCUCUUCGGCCUGGUACGACGAGCGGGUCCCACCAUUUGCGCUGUGGGUGUGUGGCCGCGACGAUCUCGUGGACGGCCGCCGGCUGCUGAGGCGCUUCCUGCCACGGCCCGUCUUUGCAGCACUCGAACGUGGUCAGGGUAGCCGCAGCACGAGCAGUGGGAUACAACGCAGCCUCCGCGAGCCGCAUGUGCGCGUCGUGCACGCUAAGGUGAUACCAGAGUACGAGCACCUGGACGUCAUCUGGGCCAUGGACGCAGUGGACGAGGUGUUCAGCGAGGUGCGUGACGUUCUCUGGAAGACGUGCAACGUGCGCAAUUCGUGCCGGGUGCCUCGAGGCUGUGAGACGGUGGAGGCGUGGGAUGACCCUGCUCGGCAGUGGCGACUGAAGAGUGACGGCGGGGGUAUGAAUGAUGAAGACACCAUGGACGAUGCGGCCGUUGGAAAUAGCGGCACGGCCACAGCUGGCGCAUGA